AGCAACAAUGACUCCCUCCACCAAAACACUAACCAGUCUUCCGUGCGCUCCUAUACAGGAUAACCAGAACGGCUGAAUCACCGCGGCACUAUGGAAGGAGUAAUUGACUCGUGGGAUGCCAAACAGGCGCUGGAUUUGGCCAACAUCCGCUUUCAACUCAUCCGCCUCGAAGACACAAUCAUCUUCCACCUUAUCGAGCGCGUACAAUUUCCCCUGAACAAGACCAUAUACGUGCCCGGCGGUGUCGCAAUACCGGAUUCCGAUCUUUCGCUCUUCGACUGGAUGCUACGUGAGCAGGAGCGCCUACAAUCCCUCGUGCGCCGCUACCAGUCGCCCGACGAGUACCCAUUCUUCCCAGACGCGCUCCAAGAACCUAUCCUCAAGCCCCUCAACUACCCUAAAAUUCUACACGACAACGACGUCAACGUAAACGACAAGCUGAAGCAAAGCUAUAUCGAGCACAUUCUCCCCGCAGCGUGCCGGCAGUCCGACCGCGGCGACAGAGGAGAGAGCCAAGAGAAUUAUGGCUCUGCUGCGACCUGCGAUGUGAUGGUGAUCCAGGCUCUGUCAAGACGUAUACAUUUCGGCAAGUUCGUGGCGGAGGCCAAGUUCGUGAAAGAUCCGGAACGUUUCGUGAAGCUCAUCAAGGCUGGGGAUACCAAGGGUAUCGACGAGGCUAUCACCGUGGCAGCAGUAGAGGAGAAGGUGCUGGAGAGGCUGCGGCUGAAGGCGGCGACGUACGGCACCGAGCCUGACUCGUCUAGCUCUCCUGCAAAGGUCAACGCAGACGCAGUGAAGGCCAUGUACAAGGACUGGGUCAUCCCACUGACCAAGGAGGUUGAGGUCGACUACUUGAUGCAACGAUUAAAGGGAACAAAAUGGGAGUAAGGGUAUGCAUUACACAGAACGGCUCUAGAGGUUUAUCCUCGGCCCGUGUACUGCGUGUAGACAUGCCUUCUUCGACCAAAACCUGGGCUUGCGAUUCGUGCAGAGUAGCACCUCAUCCAGUAGACCAGCACGUCAAGUGAAGAAGCGGAGCGCUUCAGUCACUUGCUGCUCCCACAUAUAAAAGUAGAUAAACCAUUAAACCGCAAUCUAUAUCUGUGGUCAAGAGACAU